AUGAUUAGCAAUAAGAUAAUCUUUAUAAAUCUUGCUGUUCUGGUCAUUUUUACAAAUGGAAGCUACCCUGAUAUCAAUUCUUCUUUAGAUCUGCCUUCAAAUUUGUUCUGGGGUAAAGAAAAGGGAAUUAGCUAUCUUACGGUAUCAAGAAACAUAAAAAAUCUUGAGUAUUGUUCAGGUUCUUGGGCCUUAGCUGCCACUACCGUCCUUUCUGAUCGCUUUAAGGUCCUAAGGAAUGCUUCAUGGCCUGACUAUAGCAUUUCUCCACAAGUCGCGCUUAGUUGCAUAUCAAGUGUCCAAGGCUGCUCUGAAGAAGGAGACCCAACACUAGUCUACGAUUAUAUUUUAAAUAAUGGAAUUACUGAUGAAACUUGCGCAAUUUACCAAGCUCGCGAUUUUUCAAACGGAGCCCCUUGUGAUAGAUUAGCCAUAUGCAAAACUUGUUUCCCUAAUGGAAAAUGUGACAUUCCUAGUAAAUAUUAUCUUUAUAAUAUCACAGGAUAUACUGUAGCUAAAGGUGAAACUCAAAUGCUAACUGCUUUACAAAGUGGGCCAAUUGCAUGUAGACUCAAUAGCACAAAUGAGUUUGUAGAAUACAACUCUAUGGAUGAUAUACUUGUCCCUACAAAAUCUCCAAGUAAUGGUACAAUUUAUGUUUCAAUUGUUGGAUAUGGAAUUGAUUCUUUUGGCACAAAAUACUGGAUGGGCAGAAACUCUUGGGGAACAAGCUGGGGAGAUAUAGGAUUCUUUAAUCUAAUAAGAGGAACAGACGCUUUAGGGAUUGAGGAAUAUUGUGUUUACCCUACUCCUAACUUAACAGUUACUGUUGUCACUACUAACAGUCAAGGAAUAGAAGAAAGAACAUUUAUCAAUAAUUUUGAGCUCCCUAAGUAUCUAGAAGAACCAGCUAAUUCUUUUAGAGCCAAGCAAGCUGAAGAUAAAGCUUUAGCUGCUGUUCCUUCAGCAUGGGAUUGGAGAAAUGCAAAAGGUAAAAAUUAUUUAUCAUGGGUCAGAAACCAAAAUAUUCCUCAAUAUUGUGAAGCUUCUUGGGCCUUUGCUCCUGCAUCUUCUGUCACUGACCGCUUAAAUAUUUUGCAUUUUAAUGACACUUUUCCUCAAUUCAUUAUAUCGCCACAAGAUAUAAUUAAUAACGGUGUAGGAAAUUGCAGCUCUGGAGACGUGUCAGCACUCUAUAGAGAUUUCUUACAGAAUGGGUAUUCAGACGACACAUGCUUGCAGUAUGUAGCGGACAAUUCAAGCACAUUUGACUGUUAUAAUUGUGUACCGCCAGCACCUCAGGAAGGUAAAAACUCAUACUGCAGCCCUAUUGCGCCUCCUUUCUUAUUUAAAGUCAGCAGGUAUAAAAACCUUGCUGGGGCGACCAAAAUGAUGCAAGAAAUUUAUACGAAUGGACCAAUCACAUGUGGAAUCUACGCAAGCAAAGGAUUUGCUAACUACACUGGAGGAAUUUAUAGUGAAAUUUCAAAAAUUUCCACAAUAAGCCAAUAUAUCUCUCUUGUAGGAUGGGGAGUAGACCCUUCAACGAAAAUUCAAUACUGGAUUGGAAGAAAUUCUUGGGGAACAGGCUGGGGUGAGUAUGGAUUUUUCAGAAUGCAAAUGUUUAGAGAUAACCUUGGGAUUGAGACUGAUUGCGUGGCUGCAGUUCCGAUUUUUGGAUAA